UACAAACGACCACUACAUGCCAUAAUUAGAAGAAAAAAAAAAGUAUUUGUAAACAAAGGAAAGAGCAAAAUUGGAACAACAUUCACAAAACUACAAUGCUCUCACAACAAGUUGCUGACAAAGCAAGAAAAUCCGUGAAGGAGCCCAAAAAAUUUUAGACGAACAAAAAUCUAAACUUCUAUCCAUUUAUAUUUCACCCAGUUUUUGUUUUCAAGAGUCUAAAUUACCGACUUUAGCAUAUUCUUCAAAAAGAUUAACCUUAUAUAAACUGAUUAAGAACGCAAAACAAAAAAAACAAGAACCGACGGUUGCUGCUAACCGAAUCAACCCGAAACUCCCAAUUAACCGGUACAGCUUGAAAAACCGAUGUGACAGUGCACACAAAGGCAUUACUGUAGAAUACACUUUUCAAUCGGAGCAGAAGAAGCCAAUGGUCGGUCCAGGAAGACCUCAAAUAGUCCUCUUCGGUUCAUCAAUCGUUCAAUACAGCUUCAGCGAUGGUGGAUGGGGAGCCACUCUCGCUAACAUCUACUCUCGCACGGCUGACGUAAUCCUUCGUGGGUAUGCUGGUUGGAACUCCAGAUCUGCCUUAAAGGUCUUAGACCAAGUGUUCCCAAAGGAUGCUGUGAUACAACCUUCUUUGGUGAUAGUGUACUUCGGUGGGAAUGAUUCAAUGCCUCCUCAUCCAUCAGGGCAAGGACCUCAUGUUCCUCUCUCUGAAUUCACUGAUAACAUGAGGAAGAUCGGAGAGCAUCUUUUGAGCCUUUCGGACAAGACCCGUGUCAUUUUUCUCACUCCCCCACCAAUGAAUGAGAGACAACUCCAACUAGUGUUUGGAGAUGCAAUGAGAGGACGGAGUAACGAGCUGUGCCGUCCCUACGCAGUAGCGUUGUUGAAUCUAUGCAGAGAGAUCAAUGUGAAAGGAAUAGAUCUUUGGAACGCAAUACAGCAACAAGAUGAUUGGUUAAACACUUGCUUCACCGAUGGGAUCCAUUUUACAGCCAAGGCAAGCGAGAUUGUCGUGAAGGAGAUAUUGAAAGUUGUGAGAGAAGCUGAUUGGAAACCUAGUCUUCACAGGAAGUCAUUACAGGUUGAGUUUCCAUUUGAUUCUGGUCUACCAAUCCCCCCAAGACAUAGUGAUUUAGAGUUAAGUAGAAACAAGAAGUUGGAUCCACCACCUGGGCCUGCUAUGGCCCGUUUGUAAAACAACUUAGCACUUAGAGAUACCUUAUGCUUAUACAUUAACACUUGAUAGUUCAUUGGAAAAAAAUCAUUACCAUAA